AUGGGGAAUCUGGCAAAGUCGGACUAUAACCAUACACCUCCUGAUCAGACGGACUUCCUUGCCCCCGUCAACUUUGAUGAUUUCCACAACAGCAUCAUGGCAGAGCCGAGUCUAAAUCACUUUCCAAUGCCCGGCACUGGGGUUUCAAAUCACCCUGGAAGCCAGCUCUCAGGUCCAUUUACGCGGAAUCCGUGGGCGGAUAACAACGAAUCCAGCUUCGCCAGUCGGUCAAGAAGUAAUUCCGUGCGGAGAAAAAGUGAGGUUUCACGUUUAUCGAGCCAGAAUUCCUCCGCAGAAUCGGUAUCUUCGCGUCUUCCGGCUUCCAACACUGCUGCGCGGAGUCGCCGCCAGAGUCUUGUCCAAAACUCCGCUGCAAACGCCCCUGCUCCGCGCGCUCCACGCAAAUCCAUAGGCCCUGGCUCCAUUGCAGCUGCUACAUCUGCCAGACGUCAGAGCGUGUCUGCUCGGAAGGCAAGUGUGGACACGUCUCCAGCCGACCAUGCAAGUCUCCGCCCACAUGCCCAGAAUCUCAAUUCCAACGGCCUUGACAAGACGAGGCUCCCUUCCAAUGUUCGCAACAUGAAAGCCAAGUCGCUCCAGCCACCCUCCCGAGAGCCUGGUGACCAUCUGUUGACUGCAUCUGGAUCGACCGACCACUCCCGGUCAUGUUCCACUAAUGCCGUUCGGACGCCGAUUAAGAAUCCUGCCGGUAGUGCGACUACGCCCGCUUCAUCUGCGAAAAGGGUGUCAGUUAUGCCCCCACACGCGACAGGCCUCGGGGCUCGAACAAUAAGCCCUACUGAUGCACGGCGUAUGAAGCGAAUCUCUACUGCACCGCAAGCGCCUCCAUUACCAUAUACUCCUCCAACCAAACAGGACACGCUGCCUGUUCGCCCGCGGUCCUGCGCCCAGUCUCCGUCUAGCCUGCCGCGGAAGAGCGUCACGCCAUCGUCGACGAGAACAACGCCCGACCCGAGUCGGAAAUCCUACAGUUCAGGCUUGUCUUUGUCGUCCAACACGAGCUAUAGCUCUACGAGGAAUUCCGGCAGUUCCUUGCAGACAAGAUUUGCCCAGAAUCAAUCGUCUUCCCGGUUACCUACCCCAAAACCGCGUGCAGAACACACGGGGGGAAACAACGAAGAGGUCCCUCCUGUUCCCGCAAUUCCCAAGGCUUACGAGUCUCCCAAGGGUGACGGCGAUUUUCACACCUACUUUGCUCCGCGGAAGUCUAGUCUUCCCCUGGAUAUUGGUCUUCCGAAGCCGAAGGUUGACCACGACGCUGAGCACAAACCAGCGACAAGUGGUAACGACAAAAAGACUACGGAUCAUCCUGCUGAGCGAGCAAUGAAAACCCCCGAUGCAAAGACUCCGGCGAGCAAUUUUGGGAAGAAGAAUCUGCAGCCUUUGAAAUUGCCCCCCUUGAACCUGUUGCCUCUCAGCACUCCCGUGGCCUCUAAGAUCGAAGCUUUGAAGGACCGCGAAGACGAUGCGCAGUCCUACACUCCUUCAGGCCAGGUCGUAUCCAAGACUCCAAGCACGCCGAUGACGGCCUCCAAGGCAAAUUUCUCCUUUCGAGACGAUGACGACACAAUGGAUUUCACCCACGCUCGAAGCAGCACUUCCCAUUUCGUGCUGAGCACCUCGACAGCUGCUCCUCUGAGGACAGCAAGUAGCUCCAGUGCAUUGGCGUCUUUUGACAAUAAUACUACUGGUGGUGCGCGAACAAUUUCCCCGUACGUCUCGUACACGUUGCCAAAGAGUAGCAGCGACUUCAGCAACCUACAACAAAAGGCCAACACGAGUGGCGAUUAUUCCCCACGGAUCUCGCAAUCAUACAAGCUGACUGGGCCUCGACCUCAAACUCAAUCGUCCGCAUUCUCUUCCAAUGCUGAGACAGUCAGUCAAUUGUCUACUCCUUCGGAUCCUGACAACAACAGCGUUUCUGGCUCUUCAAUCUUCAAUAAAAUCACUCUGACCAGAAAGCGUAGCAACUCCAAACCACAACGUUCGACAGGUGCUGAUCUGGAUCCGGCGAAGCAAAUGCCGCCGCCUAGACUCCCAGCAUCUGCCACCUGGAAUAACCUGACCACAGUCAAAGGCUCGAGUCCCACGCUCAAGCCCGCGUACAUUCAAACAAGACGUCAGUCAUCUAUUUCCGGCACGAGUGUCUCAACAAUGCGGAACCCAAGUGUGAGCAGUGAACAGAGUCUCGCUUUGGAGCCAAGCGUCUCGAAUGAGUCCGGGGAAAGCAAUACGGCAUCACUCCGAUCCGGAUCAUCAAUCUUUUCGCCCGUGCACAAGAUAAUCAAUUCGGCAAAGUCCAGCACGGCAGCCACCCCUCGCCAGCAGCAUGAGUCUAGCCCUGACUCUGACAUUUUGGCAGCCGACGAGGAGAUGCGCAGACUCGCUAGCAAGCGCAAGGACUUUGAGACUGCCGCCAGGAAUCUGGACGAAUUACGCCGCAAGGCAGGCCCGAAAGAGCGAGUGAGCCCAGCGCAGGCACUGAAAAUGGCCAAUCUCAAUAUCUUUGAACGUGGGGAGAUCAUCGACUUCAAGGAUAUCUACUUCUGCGGAACGCAGAAUGCGAAGAAACAUGUUGGUGAUCUGAACGCGCAAGCUGCCAACUUCGGCUACGACGACGAUCGUGGUGACUACAACAUCGUGAUCGGUGAUCAUCUUGCGUAUCGGUAUGAAGUGCUCGAUGUUCUGGGCAAAGGUAGCUUUGGUCAGGUUGUGAGAUGCAUCGACCACAAGACGGGAGCUCUGGUUGCUGUGAAGAUCAUUCGCAACAAGAAACGGUUCCACCAACAAGCUCUGAUCGAGGUGAACCUCCUCCAGAAACUCAAGGAGUGGGAUCCGCAUCGCCGUCACAGCGUGGUUAAUUUCACACAGAGCUUCUACUUCAGGGGACAUCUCUGUAUCUCCACGGAACUGCUCGGAAUGAACCUUUAUGAAUUCAUCAAGGCUCACGACUUCAAAGGGUUCUCACUCAAACUAAUACGCCGCUUCACGAAGCAGAUCCUGGGCACUCUGACACUCCUGCACACCAAGAAGGUUAUUCAUUGUGAUCUCAAGCCCGAGAAUAUCCUUCUCGUUCAUCCCAUGAGCUCCGAAAUCCGGGUCAUCGAUUUUGGAUCCAGUUGUUUCGAGAAUGAGAAAGUGUAUACCUAUAUCCAAAGUCGUUUUUACCGCUCGCCAGAGGUCAUUCUUGGCAUGUCUUAUGGCAUGCCGAUUGAUAUGUGGAGUCUGGGGUGUAUCUUGGCCGAGCUCUACAGCGGCUAUCCCAUCUUCCCGGGAGAAAAUGAACAGGAGCAGCUUGCUUGUAUAAUGGAGGUGUUUGGUCCUCCCGAGAAACAUUUAAUUGAGAAGAGCACUCGGAAGAAGUUAUUCUUUGAUUCUUUGGGCAAGCCUAGACUCACCGUCUCUUCAAAGGGCAGAAGGCGUCGACCCAGUUCAAAGGACCUCAAACAGGUUUUGAAGUGUGACGAUGAUGCGUUCCUUGACUUUAUCUCUCGCUGUCUUCGAUGGGAUCCCGCUCGUCGCCUCACCCCUCACGAUGCGCUCAGACACGAGUUCAUCACUGGAAUCAAACCUGCGUCACGCUCUCGAAGCUAUGGUAUGGCGAGCCUAUCAAACAAGCGUGGCACCACUCUGUCUAAUCCCACAGCACGGCCGCUGCCGGAGCCACCUGGAACUAGUCUCAAAAACGGUACAUUUAUUCGCAGUCGCGACAUUUCAGGCAGCUCUCCUGUGAAGCCGACAACAGUUGGUAAACGGCACUCCACCGUGAGCGGCCUGCAGCCGUCGACUCCUGCCAAGCGAGGCACAACUGUCCCUUCUACUCCUGGUUCAGCGUUACCCCGUGUCGCAGCCAGGAGCAUCAGCGGGAAGCCUGACCUCGCGACUGCGGCGGCAGCGACGAGUCUAGUAAGUAAUCUGACCUAG